AUGGCGAACCAAGAGGCUCACUAUGGCUUCGACGAAGGCGGAGAUGACGACCAGUCCAUUGUGUCGACGCGCGGACUCGAGGCUUUCAGUCGAAAGGUUACAACUACAGCUACUCAUUUGAUCGGUCCCAAUGCCGAAGCCACGGCUCACCACUAUCAAACCGCCAUGGCCGAGGUCCACAAGCAGAUGAAGCGGCCGACGGUCCAGCGCAGUAUGUUUGCGAUGGCGAGGACAACCCCAACCGAUCUCAUGCGCUCCAGACUUUCGACGCACGAGAUUCAGCAUCGCGCCUUGACAUACCUUCCCGAUGAGCUUCUUGCCAAUAUUCCAGAGCAUGAGAACCCAUACUCGCUGUUCCAAGGCUUCCAGGCCAGUUUCCCUGAAUUGACCGAUGAAGGCAAAAAGUUCCAGCGACGAGUCUCCCGAGGUCGCAAGAUGCUGGAAGAUUCGGACGGGACACCAGGAAGCCCUAAAAAGCUGACGCAGUUGAAAAAAGAAAAGGCUGCCAUGAUGCACGAGUUUGGAUUAUUAGGCACCCGUAAGAGUAUGGCGAGUUAUGAAAUUCGAGAAAUCGAUAACAAAAUUGCCAAUCUUCAUGGCAUGCGAAGAAUCAUUCUGGACAGGCUAGCUGGACUGGAGCAGGAUGAGGCUAUGCUGGAGCAUGACAUUUCCGAGAUGGAAAUUCGAGUUGACGAGGCCCAGGUGCUGGUUGAUGAGGCUGAGGAGAUCGAACGAAACACACGGACCCAAGACGAGCAAGAUCUAGUUGGCGAUGCUGAUGAUCACGAUCACGAGUUUAUGUCCCAGUCUGUAUACGAAAAGAUUCCCGCCUCAGAAGCAAGUAGUACCCCCCGGAAAACGAAAAAGGUUCAUCGUAAGAAAUCCAUGCCCAUUCUUCACGAGCAUUUCGAGCCUGGUACCGCCAUUCGCGAGCUCCGAGCACACAAAGAUACUAUCACGGCUAUUGAUUUUGACGCUCCGUUUGGCACAAUGGUUACUGCUGCACUGGAUGACACAGUUCGAGUAUGGGAUCUCAAUGCUGGUAGAUGUAUGGGUUAUAUGGAAGGUCACACUGCGUCGGUACGCGCGUUGCAGGUUGAGGAUAACAUUCUGGCAACGGGUUCUAUGGAUGCGACUAUUCGACUCUGGGAUCUCAGUAAGGCUCACUACGACCCUCACGGCGGUCUUGGGAAAGACGACGACGAGGAUGCUAUUGCUUUUGGAACGGACAACCACCUUGAACCCCCACCAGGCAGCAUGGCUGAUUGCGCUCUAUACACCUUGGAAUCGCAUGUUGACGAGAUUACGGCCCUUCAUUUCCGAGGCGAUGUCAUGGUUUCCGGUUCUGCAGACAAGACUAUUCGCCAUUGGGAUCUUGAGAAGGGCCGUUGCGUGCAAACAUUGGAUGUCAUGUGGGCAGCAGCAGCAAGUAUGACAACGACAGACAGCACAUGGCGACCCACUGGACGAUCUCAAAGUAGCUCUGCCGACUUUGUUGGUGCUUUGCAGGUUUUUGAAACAGCCCUUGCGUGUGGUACUGCGGACGGCAUGGUGCGUCUGUGGGAUCUGCGAAGCGGACAGGUCCAUCGCAGUCUGGUAGGCCACACUGGUGCAGUAACAUGCCUCCAGUUCGACGACGUGCAUCUGGUGACAGGAAGCGUGGAUAGAAGCAUCAGAAUUUGGGAUCUAAGAACGGGAUCUAUUUACGACGCAUAUGCAUACGAUAACCCUAUCACAGACAUGAUGUUUGACGCUCGACGAAUUGUCAGCGCAGCAGGCGAGGACGUUGUCAAGGUAUACGACAAGGUUGAGGGACGACAAUGGGAAUGCGGCGCGGGUAUCACCGCUGCCGAGGAAGGCAAGACACCAGCCAUCGUGGAGCGUGUACGUGUAAGAGAUGGAUAUCUUGUUGAAGGCAGAAGAGACGGUGUCGUUGGCGUAUGGACAAGCUAA